AUGUCAAAAUACCAAACAGCCCUUCAACAAAUCGACGCCGCCCACUCCGCCGACCCCCGCCAAACCCGAACCCCCACCGGCCCAAUCCCCUACGAACUACACUACGCCCAAAAAAUGACCUCCUACCUCGAAAUCCUCUACCCACAAGCCCCAGAACUCCUGCGCCUAGCCAUCCGUGCCCAACACCUCCGCCGCUGGGAAGUGCCGCGCGACAGCUACCCGGCGACGAAAAUCGGGUACCACGCGUGGCGCUCGGGAUUGCAGCGGCGCCAGGCUGCGCUGGUCGAGCAGAUAUGUGUUGAGAGUGGGUAUUCGGCGGCGGAGGCGGGGAGGGUGGGCGCGCUAGUGAGGAAGGAGGAUUUGAAGGCUGGGGAUCCGGAUACGCAGGUGUUGGAGGAUGUUGCUUGUUUGGUUUUUUUGGAUGAUCAGUUUGAUAAGUUUGAGGCGGAGUUGGCGGAUGAGGAGAAGAUGGUGGGGAUUCUGAGGAAGACUUGGGGGAAGAUGUCCGAGAGGGGACGGGAGGAGGCUUUGAAGAUUAGGUUGUCGGAGAAGGCGGAGAGGUUGGUUGGGAUUGCUUUGAGUGGGUGA